GGGUGAUUGAUGGUGAACGCACGUUUUUUAAGCAUUUCUCGUUAUUAGUUCUGCGCCACGCGAAACGUGAUCGAUUCGGUUAGUUUCGUUCUUCGGCUUCUGAAACUAGACCACACUUUGCUAAUUUGCUCCCUCUUGGAACCGGUUACUGUUUGGAGUAAGAACGAAUUCCCAGUGCUGUUGGCCAGAUUCGGCAGAAGAAGACCGUCGCGCACGCUGAUGCCUAGACAUAUAUUCCUGGCUGUUCGAAUUUCGGCACCAUUCGAUUUGCGCAAAGUGAAACAACCAGCGUUCGGAAAAGACACGCGUUGAUGAUCAUUGAACCGAAAUUGAAAUCUAGCGAAACUAGAGUGGGUGAUUAAAAAUAAUCUCGUUCAUCGAGAAUAUAUCUUGUCAUCCCGUCUACGGAUUGAACGCGGAGAAUUGCGUGUUGACGCUGGGAAGAGCAGCCCCAGUUGACCUUCUGCUUUUAGGGCCUGGGGUGGUCUCUAGAGUAGUAAUUGAUUUUGCGAAAAAAAUUCCGCUCUUUUUAAGUGUAGUUGUGAUCAAGCUGUGUGAAGAGUGCUGGGAAAAGAAAGCACGUGAAAGCAUUGCAGAAGUAAUGUAAAACUUGUUGGUGAAUAAAAAAAGGAAUGAGGCACAAAUACUUCGGCUUAACAGCGCAAGGCAACAUCAACGUAUGCAGCACAUAACGAAAAUGUAGCAAAAGAUUUUGAAAUAGUGUGUGUGUUGAAAGAAGUUUUAAAGUGCAUAGUGAUAAUACUCUUUUUUCUUGAGGAAAUAACCAUAAUUGUAUCUGUUAUAUAACGUGAAAAAAAUACAUGAAUUUUGAAAAAUGAGUCGACGCGAUAACAACGUUAGAAAGUUGUCCUUUCUAGGAUUCAACACGAAAGAGACCAACAACGAUGACCCGGAUCAGGUGCAGCUGGACGAUGAAAUGGAAAAGGUGUUCAGCUCGGUUGGCACCGACAAGGAAAAGUUCGAACUGAAGCGCCUGAACGACGAUGUCCUGGUCGACAAUUCGCCACUAAAAUACGACGACAUACCGCACCGUACCGCCGAUCAGCGUCCGCUGCUACCGGCAUCAUCCAGCACGCGCCCGAUGGACAGCUUAGCGAGUGUAUCCCACAGCAACAAUGCUGGCUCAUCGCCGACAACAUCUCCGACCAGUCCGUUGUCACUGUCAUCCAAGAGCGGAAACAAGGCAUCCAACAACGACACCGAGCUGGCCGACAAUUCAUCCAACGAUUUCAGCGAAAACAUUCACGAUGAACCAUUGGUCGACCACGGAACGCUGCAGGGAGAACAAUGGGAUUCAAACGCUCGACGAAAUGUGCGAUUCGACAAAAAGGACCAGGAUAAACAAUUCGAAGGAUUGCAAAUUGAAGACAGCAAUGAGGAACGCAGAAGACGCACCGAGCGUCAUCAUCCACACAAGUCGAGAAAAUUCUCCUUGCAAGAAUACCACCCGGAGUGGAGGCGAACUAGUGGAGCCGAAGGUACCAGCACUAGCACCAGACGUGUUUCUGUGCAGCCCGAAGAUGCUACCCUUCAGGAGGCUGACAUAGAUGAGUUGACUUCGCAUCGUUCGGACGAUCCGCGGGCGCUUCGCCGUCAUAAGGUGAGCGCCCAGUCACAACAAAGUGCCUCUUCGGUGGUCAAUAUCAACCGGAAGGAGGGUGACAAACUGCACCAGCUGCUGCCUCCAAACAAGUACAAGAAGAUGUACGAUCACAGUCCGCACGAGGUGUUUGUUCAGCUCGAUGAGCUUACCGGAAGUGGGGAGGAUCGUGAGUGGAAAGAAACUGCCCGUUGGAUCAAGUAUGAGGAAGAUGUUGAAGAAGGAGCAGAUCGUUGGGGUCGCCCACAUGUGGCAUCCCUAUCAUUCCACUCCUUGUUGAAUCUUCGCCGAUGUUUGGAAACCGGCGUCGUGUUGAUGGAUUUAGAUGAAAAGGAUUUGCCGUCGGUAGCGUACCGAAUUGUGGAACAGAUGGUGGUUGAUGAGUUGAUUCACGAAGAUGACAAACCAGUAAUCAUGCGUGCCCUACUACUGCGCCAUCGACAUGUCAAUGACCACUCCCAUGGGGCUUUUCACUUCGGACCGAAGCGAAAGUAUAGCAGUUAUAGUAGCCUGCAGUCGCUGCCUUUGCGUGCGGAGGAUGGAAACGGUGAGGUAAUAGUUGGAGCACGAAGACUCAACUCGUUCAUUAGUCCUACGCAGAGUUACACUCUUAGUCCUCCCUCGCUGAACAAUGGCAACAGUCCGGCUGUUGCGAAUAAAUCGGAUCAUCAGGAUGCCACUGCUGACCAUCCGCGACUCCAAAGGCAAAGGUUAUCUAGUGCUGGCAGCACAACGGGUGGAAAUCAUCGGUAUUUUCAUCAGCAAUUUCAGCGCGCCAAGCGAACCGGAAGCCAAGACAGUGGACAGCCGGGUCCGGUUGCCACCGUCGCCAGUGCCGUCGGUAUGCGACGAAACACUACAACUUUAGCGCUGACAGUUGUAAAUGAAACAAUGAUCGACAAAAUAAGCGUCGAUGAUAAGAAAACCCGCAUCGUGCAAUCCAGUGACAUCAAUGGUCACGGGCAUGCGAGCGGCGAGACGAAGAUCAGCAUGCAGGAGGAAACGUACACCUCCUCGCAGGAGGACAUCAAAAUGCGAGUGCAGAAGGAAUCAAUUCUCAAGCGAAUUCCGGAGGGUGCCGAAGCUACAACCGUGCUGGUCGGUGCCGUCGAGUUUCUCGAGCAGCCAACGAUUGCCUUCGUGCGGCUGGCGGAGGGUAUCCAGAUGCCAAGUAUAACGGAAGUACCGAUUCCGGUACGUUUCUUGUUUAUCCUUUUGGGGCCACAGAAUGCCGAACUGGACUACCAUGAGGUGGGUCGAUCGAUCGCCACUCUUAUGUCUAACGAGCAUUUCCACGACAUCGCGUACAAGGCCGACGAUCGGAAGGAUUUAUUGUCGGCCAUCAAUGAGUUUCUGGAUGACUCCAUCGUGUUGCCGCCAGGAAAGUGGGAGCGACAGUCCCUGCUGCCGUUCAAUGAACUCAAGGCCAAAAGUGAAUGGAUUCGUAACAGGAAAAAGAAAGCAAUCGAUGAAAAAAUCAAAAGCAAGCAAGUUCCGAUGACCAGCGAAGAGGAGAAGAAACUGUUAGCUGCAGCCGAUAGCGAUGAGAAGAAACCCAAGAAGAAUCCACUGGAGAAAACCAAUCGACCUUGGGGUGGUUUGUUCAACGAUAUUAAACGAAGAUAUCCUAUGUACAAGAGCGAUAUUAUGGACGGCAUAAAUGUGGAAACGCUUGCCGCAACGCUGUUCAUGUAUUUUGCCGCACUCUCGACGGCUAUCACAUUUGGUGGAUUAUCUUCGGAUAAAACCCAUAACCUGAUCGGUAUAUCGGAAACACUAGUAUCUGCAUCGAUAGUCGGUAUAGUGUUUCAUGCUUUAUGCUGUCAGCCUUUGGUCAUCAUCGGAACGACAGGUCCUCUACUGUUGUUCGAUGAAGCACUCAAUCAGUUUUGCAUUGCAAACAACUACAUCUUUUUGACUGUUCGCGUGUAUGUUGGUAUUUGGCUGGCAAUUAUCUCACUGGUAGUAUCUGCCUUCGAAGGAAGUGUCUAUGUACGGUUGUUUACGAGAUUUACUCAAGAAAUCUUCUCGGCGUUGAUCACAUUGAUCUAUCUGGUUGAAACUUUGAUGAAACUCAUCUACGUGUACAGACGAAAUCCACUUUACGCCGAAUAUCGAUACCAGAACAUAACAGUGGUUCCGGAGCCGCUGUCGGUGACUGACGCGAAUACAACAUUAGAAAAAUCCGUUGGCAUUUUGGCGGAAAGUCUAACUGUGAUGAUCAAUAGUACAGUGGCUCCGCUUAUAACGACCGAUGAAAAUUUACUCAUUCCAUCGGAUUCAAUUGGACCAAAAAAUCAACCUAACACAGCACUUUUCUGUACCAUUCUGACCCUAGGAACAUUUUCCCUGGCUUACUAUUUACGACUGUUCAGAAACUCGCAUUUCCUGGGACGUAACGCUCGCCGGGCUCUCGGUGACUUCGGCGUGCCAAUUUCGAUUGCUCUCUUCGUCUUGGUCGACUUCAUGAUCCCGCAGGUGUUUACCGAGAAGUUGAGUGUACCGGAAGGACUCUCGCCUAGCGAUGAAACCCGUCGUGGCUGGUUGAUCCCCCUAAGAGGCGUUCCCAGUUGGAUGCCUUUCGCUGCAUGCGUUCCAGCUAUGUUGGUCUACAUUUUGGUAUUCAUGGAAACCCAUAUUUCCGAAUUGAUCGUCGACAAGCCGGAGCGAGGCUUGAAGAAGGGAUCUGGACUUCACGUGGAUAUAGUAAUACUUUGUUGCCUUAAUACGAUGUGUGGUUUCUUCGGAAUGCCGUGGCACUGCGCCGCAACGGUACGUUCGGUUACGCACGUGUCUGCAGUUACAAUUAUGUCGAGAACCCACGCUCCUGGAGAAUCUCCGCAUAUAAUCGAUGUAAAGGAGCAGCGCAUCUCCGGCCUGGUGGUUUCGUUUUUGGUCGGAUUGUCAGUCACGAUGGCACCGAUCCUGCGGCUCAUUCCGAUGUCGGUUUUGUUCGGCGUGUUCCUCUACAUGGGUGUCGCGUCGAUGAGUGGCGUCCAGUUCUUCGAUAGAUUACGAUUGUUCCUGAUGCCGGUGAAGCAUCAUCCGCAGGUGCCGUUCGUACGUCGAGUGCCAACAUGGAAAAUGCAUAUAUUUACUACGGUUCAGGUUCUAGCUCUGGCCAUGCUGUGGGCUGUCAAAUCAUCACCAUACUCGCUGGCAUUCCCGUUCUUCUUGAUUCUCAUGGUUCCGAUUCGAAAACUUAUGGAAAGGCUAUUCACUCCGCUGGAGCUGCGAGCGCUUGAUGGUAGCCAACCGAACGAAGGAGCAGAGGACGAACCGGAUUUCUACGAGCAAGCUCCCAUUCCUGCAUAAGCACAUGCACGUAUCUGCAAAGUGAAUCAAUUAAUUGUCAAAUCUAUAAAGUUAUCCUGUUGAAAAAAUUAGUUAAAAAGUCUAUUGGUUUUAUUCCGCUAUGGAAAAAGUGAAACAAAAGAAAAAUAGAUGCUUUGAGGUAUCUUAUUACGUAUUUACAACUCCCCCUCCCCGGUAGAGUUAAUUUAAAGAAAAAAUUCGAUUCGUCCAUACUAUAUAUUGUUAACACGACAUCGAUGGGACGAAACUUCUAUGAAGUGCAUUAAUAUUUUGUUGAAUUUUUGAUAGGUACACACAAACAAAUUAGAGAACAAACCGUAAGAGUCUAUAUAUUUUUCUAUGUAUACUAUAUGGUUAGAGAGAAAGAUUAGAAAGACACCACAAAAGAAGUAUGACUUAAUAGGUAAAUACGAAUUUCUCCUCAAAUUCAUUGGCAUAAAAUCAAAAAACUCGAUAACAUAAGAACAAUGAAUAGAUCACCUUUUGCAACAAAUAUUCGAGGACAUAACCCCUAUUAAGUAGUUAUAGAGAUUCCUCCAAUUGAAUAAAAAUCAGCUAAUAAUUUCGGCAAAUUUAAAGAUAAAUAAGAAAUGAUCGAGAACAUAAACAUUACAACUACAACAGUAGAAAACAAAACAGAACACAAAGAAAAAAAAUCUUAAAGAGUGUGCAACAAUCUGUGAUCAGUAUUACUUACAAGUGUACAGAACGAAAGAGAAUGUCUACAUAAAUUCUAUCCCAAACCCUCAGACCAGAUAACAGAAAUACUUUUGAGUUCGAUAUUUUAAAAAAUGAAAGAAGAAUAUAACUGCAACUAAGUGCGGUAUGACCGUAAUGUUGGAAAACGAGAUGCUUACUAAUAAUCAGGUAAUUUAACAAACAGAACAAACUGAGUGGAAUACAAAAUGCAGAGAGAGUUUAUUUUUCGAUAUUUGUCAUGUCAUAACUAGCUCAAACAUUCAACAAUAGACCAUGCAGAAACCCAGCGCUACUAAAUGUUCAAAACAAUGUCAUAAAUGUAACGUUAAAGAAAUGGAUGUGUAAUUAAAAGUUCACCCACAACAUAAAUCUUCUAUUUGAAAAAUAAAUCUCCUAGAGAAAAAAAAGGUUCACUCUGUUCACUGGCAAUGAAUUGUCUUGACAGAUUGUUAAGGGCGUAGUUAGAAAGAGAGCAAUUAUUUUGCAGAUUCAUUCAAUAGAUUUUCACAUAUAUAGAGAGUAGUUAGAACUUAUUUGCUCCUUUGAAUCGACACCUUAACCUUUUAGCGAAAGGCACAACAGUUGCUUUAGUAGAACGAUUUGGUAGAGUAGAAACUCUUCCAGAUGAGAGGAAAAUAAAAUAAAAAACACUUAAUAAUUGAUACUUAAUAACGCUUAACCUAUUAGAGAUUUUAGACCACUUUAAGAGAUGAGAAAAUAUACUACUGAAUACAUCUUAA